AUGUUGCGGCGUUUCCGAUUCGAUCGACUCGGAUCGCUCCCCAUCCAGCCACACGCCGCCCUCUCGCGCCUCUUUCCGCUACGAAAUGCUCCGCUCACAUUCCUGCGCGCCCUUCCGCGGGAGCCCCCGCGCGCAUGUCCCUCUGAUGCGCGUCUGCGCCACUUCACGGUGGUGGCGGGGCGGCGGAACUACGGGGGAGGCGCGAUGAAGCAGCGCCCCAAGGAUUGGCGCCCGCAGUCCACCCCCUUCCACGCGCGCAACCGCAGCCCCCGGCGGAACGACCGCACCGUUCCGCUGGGCCGGCGGGGCGGAAACGGGGGCGAUAGCGGAGACGGUUCCACGGAGAGCGCAGGGCGGAUGCAGCGCGAUGUGGCGGAUCUGGGCGCGGAUUGGCGGCUGGGGCCGGGGGAAUCAGUGGGAAGAGUUAUGUCUGCUCAGGCUAACUUCGUACGCGUGAUUGUAACGAGAUGCGGUGUAGAAGGCGGGGGAGGGGUCAUCGAGGAGCGAGGAGAGGAGUGGGACCGAAGCAGUAACGGUCAAUCACAUCAAGAGGAGUAG